AUGCAAGCGGGAUUCAGUUAUUUUGACAAAAAAGCUCCGACAGCUGCCAUACGCAGCCUUUUUGACAAAUACGAUGCGAACAGCAGUGGGAGGCUUGAAGAACAAGAAAUUCAGUUCCUUCUGGAAGGAGAACUAGGCCUCAAUCAGGAACAAUCAGGGGCCUAUUUUCUACUGUUGGACAAAAAUGGGGAUCAUAAUAUCUCCUUUGAAGAAUUCCAAGACUGGCUUCGCAGCGGGGAACGCUUCGAAAUUUUGAACGACAAAGCCAAGUAUCAUUACCUCUCGAAAGCACUUAGUUACUUCAAGACUUUUGACUCUGACAACAGCGACACCCUUGACCGAGCCCAGUUUGAAAAGAUGAUGAAGUUCUUUGGCUAUGAGACUAUAGACAUGGAGAAGGUGUUUGCGGAGAUGGACAAAGACGAGAACGGAGCAGUGUCUUUAUGGGAGUUCAUGGUUUGGUUAAAAUGGGUACCAGUUCUCAACUGACUAGCUGGGACUGGCAGAACUAAACAUUUUGCCUACAGCAAAUUUAUAUGUACUCCUUACAGUUUAAAUAUGAGAAUUUUAAGUUAUUAUCGAUUUAUUUAAUAAACAAAAGCGAGACGGGAAUUUAUAAAUUGCUUGUUCAAUCACUGCAUUACUUAUAAGACGCACCUUAGCCUGCUUGGCAGGCGUUUGAAAGGGAAGGGAAUGGGGGUUUUGGGCGCGAGAGAAAAGCGAGGGACGCGCACCCCUAGAGUUUCUCUCACGCCUGAAACUCCCUUUCCCUUCCCUUUUAAACGCCUGCCAAGCAGGCUAGACGCGCCUAUGCUAAGUCUGUUAAAUUUAGAAUUUUUCCGUGCAGUUAGUUGAUGCAUGAGGUUACGUUACUGUUAAGUUAUUCCGUCUUUUUUUUGUCUCUCAGGUACUGAGUAAAUCGUAAAACCAGAACGUUUUCUCGACUUUUUCACACCCAUAAAAUGCAUCUGUUAGCCUUUCCGACCUUAAUUAACCUUUUCCCAGGAAAUGCAAACGUGACAUAAGAAAUUGACGAUUUUAGGUAUAAAAAAAAUGCAAGUUCCUCUUGUUUGUUUACCUCCCAAAACAAAGUCAAAGAUCACACGUUAAAGAGAUUGAUAUGGCGGGUAGGCUUUGUGAGUUUUUUCAACAGAAACGUUCCAUUCGUCGCUAUCCAUUCAUUCAUUUAACCAUUCAGUCUCCUUGUUGAGCUUGGGCUGCCUGUGGUUUAAAGUGUAAUGUAAUGUUGUGGAUUAGAGGACAACAAGAUACGCUCUCUUUAUAAUAUAAAAAAGCAGAGAUGGUUGUUAGGAUUGAUGCUUUUCACCUGUUUUGGCGAUUAUUAACUAAUCGUUUACAUCUUAAUCAGCCAGUUGAUCCAUGUUUUACAAAUUCUCCUUUUACAAAUCCAGUCAGGCCCCAGUCAUGUUUAACAAGUCCUCCCACAGGCUAUAGAAAAAACAGAUUUCUCCUUAUUGAAGUUUAAUUUCUGUCAAUAUAAUCAAAUUACUCGCAAUAAAGUACGUAUCGUUUUUCUGCAUUGGUCUCAAAGCCUGUUCUUCGAAAACGAAGCCCUUAGUCUUAUUUCCAAAAAUAAGCCCCUCUACUCAUAAGUCCUUCAAAUAUAAGAUCCCAAAUUCAAAACACAAAAAAAAAUCCUCAAAUGCUACAAUAACCCCAAACUUAUAUAAGACCGAGUGUAGACUGUUCACAGUCCCCUAUUUUUUCGUGAGAUCGUUGAGAUAUAUCGCGUCUUACGUUAAUGGCAAGCUAUGGCAGCCAUCUUGAGUUUUGAAACUCACGCAAGAUGGCAGUCCGUAACGCAAAGCGCUCGAUCUCGACGAUCUUACGGAAAAAUAGAGGACUGUGAACAGUCUAACCCCGGUGUUUCCUACUAUUCUACUAGUGCCGAAGUAUACAAAAUAAACAAACCAUACGUCAUAUCAGAACUGUAAUGGAUAACCUCUGACAGAAUUUUUAUCGAAAAAUUUUUGCUGAAAGUUUUUAGAGUUCUCUAGUCGAUUCAGUCAACACUAGUGUCAAAAUCUAAGCGGCAUUUGUCAUCCAUGAAAUUAAUGAAGGGGUAAAUAACAAUGUUAUUUUUACUUUUUAUACUAAGGGUCAAUCAAAUAGUGUAAUGGAGGUGUAUUUCUGUUUAGGUGGGCUUAUGGUCCGUACUUUUACGAAUCCAAUCCAGACCAUGUUUUUAACAUGCCCCGCAUAUUCACCUGACGUCGAAGGAUAACCUGAAGAAGACCAUACUGCUAAGCAGUUGAAACAUCACCAUGAACUACAUCUCAAACGAUUAGUCUAUACACAGUGACACAAACGAUAAUUUCGUUACUUUUGUAUCUGCCACGAUAAAUAACUCUAGUCUCAACGACAUGCCUAAUUUUUUGAGGCAUAAAAUUCAUUCACCCCUCCAUGUUUGCUACACUGCUUAUGGCCUGUUGGUAUUUUGCAUUUAAGGCAUUAGUAAGGUUUCUUUGUCCGGCUGGACGUUCUUCAUGAUAUCCUCUAGAGAGUGUUUUAUAGAGCUCAAUUUUUUUGAGACUUCUCUAAGACUGCGGCAUCUCGCAGAGUCGCAUGUUUUACAGUAAUCGCUUCCUUCAUCCAUGCUCAAUACAAGAAGACAGCUUACUAAGGGAUCGGAAUUAUUCAAAUCACGGAUCCAUAAACCAGCAUGAAUAACCAGUUGCCUAGCGAUCAUCUCUAACUCCUUCAAAGCAGUGUUGCUGCGUUCAUUUAUGGCUAAAAUGUUUCCUUUAUUUCUUUGAAACUGAUGCUUAAAUUCUUGCAGUUAUUUGCCUUGCCGUAACAUAAUCCCUUCCAUGACAUCCAUCAGAUCAUCUUCCUCGAUUUGGUCGUACAUUUUGUCAUUUUUUAACUCUUCCAGGCUAAGAUUAUAAGCUCGCUCGAUAGUCGCCCUUUUCAAUCUCACUAAUUCAUACUUCCGUGCAAAAAUCAAUUCUGCAAUGAUACAAUCUUUCGCUUUAGUUUUUACAUUCUCAACCAUAAAAUCUUCGCAUCUCCGAACAAUGGCCUCUAUUUGAUAUUCGUGGGCAAGGUUCACCAGAAAGAAACAGUUCUGAUCUCCUCUGUUAUUUGUUUCUCUGCCACGGAGGGAUAUAACAUCAGAAGCAAUCCUUCAACCUCGCCUGCCUUUUUAUCGGGAAGGGUCACUUCUUUCUUGUCUUUUUCUUGAAAUUCUGAUCAAAACAUCUUCUCAAAGACAGGAGAUGACAAAGCAAGCACGGCGCGGUGAACAUGGAAUUUCUCUUCUUCCACAACUAGAAUGA